AUGCCCCCGAAACGAAAGCGGCCUGACCGGCCCUCUGGCGAUGGAGGCAGGCCGUCUCCUCAUAGACCCGGAGAUACAAAUCUGGCUCAGCACGAUGGCCAUGAUAGCUCAGCUAGAGGACGUGGAGCGCGGGGAGGACACUUCUCCCACGGCCAACGCGGUGGCUUUAAUCGCCGGGACUCGUCUCAAGGAUAUGGGCGAGGAGGGAAUGGUCAACAUCACAACCAACAAAACCACUCGCGAAACCAAGGACAUGCACAACCUCCCUCGCCUGCCAAACAGCCCCCGUCGUCACCAUCAGCUUCUAGACAACCUCCUACUGGUUCCUCUCAGUCGCAGCCUUCGACGCAGAUUAGCUCCCCCCUAAUGACGAAGCCAUCUUCUGAACCUACGCAACGACCAGUGUCUCCGGUUCGAUCAAAUUAUAGGUACGAGAAUCUUACGGACGACAAAGUACAGACGUGGGACGAGCGCGGUCGCCAAGAAAUUAUCCAACAAGGCGUACAAGCCCGAGAUGAUGUUGAUAUCACUGAGUUGUCGACGCUCUUUCAAGAGUUUAUCCAGGCCGUGGUUGAGCAAAGGCUGCCUGCGUCCGAUGCGGGGGCUUGUAUCAAGGAAAUCCUAGGCGACGAAAAUUCAGAUAUCGUUAAGGACGCUUAUGCAUUUGCGCCGCAUACUCUUUUCCUCGAUUCUCUUGCUAUUAUUAUGGACAAUGACUCUGGUUUAUACCGGCCCACUCUCCGUGAAUUCUUGAUAGCCACACAGGUCUCUCCAGCCUUGAUGCGCCAGAUCUUGGAUGCUCCAAUCUUGCAGCAACUGGGCUUGAUUCGAGACAACUUUGCUAGACUAGGCGUCCGUCAGGCUACCAAUCUCUUAUACAGACAAGCAAACUACAACUUGCUCCGUGAAGAAACGGAAGGUUACUCGAAACUCAUUACGGAACUCUUUUCGACGAACACAGUGACACCGCCGCCUCCCGAGCUAGCUGAGCAGACGUUCGAGAGGGUCAAGGGACUUAUCGGUACCUUCGACUUGGAUGUUGGCCGGGUGCUUGAUGUCACCCUUGAUGUUGCAGCCGCAGUCUUGAUAAAGCAAUACAAAUUCUUCGUCAAGUUUUUGAGAGUGAGCUCUUGGUGGCCGCGAGCUCAUUUCAAAUAUGACACAAUAUAUAAUGGUGGGCUACCGCCAUGGGCGGACCCUGCCUAUUUGCAAUGGACUGCCACCGAACAAGAUGAGGAACGGAUUACGCAGCAAAAGACGGCCAGGGAUGUAGCCUUCUGGGAUCGUGCUAGGGAGGUACAUCUCGGUGCCUUUUUCGAGCUCGGCGGCAGGCAAGUGAGCGAGGCAGAUUUGGAACAAGCCAACAUCACCAAUGGCCGGGAAACGAAACAAGAGGCGGAUUUCGAACAGCAGUGGAUGGAAGAAACAAAGACAUUGCCUCCGCCGGGAAAUCGCGUCGCUGCACAACUACUCGGGUUCAAGCUGCUCUUCUACAACUCUGAAAUGCGCGACAAGUCCGACGUCCUACCGGCGAACCUGCUGUACUUGGCUGCUCUGCUGAUUAAAAUUGGGUUUCUCUCUCUUACUGAUCUCUACCCGCACCUAUCUCCUCCGGACGACAAUAUGGAGAAAAUCCGCGAGGCUGAAACAGAGAAAUUGGAGCAGGAGGAACGAGCAGCCCGCGGUGGAGGAAGGAUGAAUGCGCUCUUGAUGGCCGGUGUUCUCCCUCAAGGCGACGACGACAACCCGAACGCAACAAGUGUACCCAAACGGGAAGCUCCAAAGAAAGCUGAUGCGGACACAAAGCAAACGACCAAGGAAGAGUCUGAAGCUAAGAACAAGCUACCAGAACCUUUGGAGCAGAAAGUAUCACUGUUGACCCAACUGCUCACAAUUGGCGCCAUCCCUGAAUCAUUGUUCAUUCUUGGGAGAUUUCCUUGGAUUCCAGAAGUUUUUCCUGAUAUCCUCCAAAGAAUACAUCGCAUCCUUCAUGUCAGCUUGGAGAAGGUUUACAACGAUGCUCGGCCGACAACAACGUCUUUAAUGGACUGCCCCAUCAAACAACUCCCGGAUAUUGAUCAAUCAGGAAUGCCAAAGGGCAGUGUGAGACUCCACACACCACCACCAAAGAAGCAAUGGCGUUGGCCUUACCCAGAGAAGUUCGAUGUCAACGAGAAUCAAAACUAUCGCUUCUAUUGGGACGAAUGGGCAGACAACAUCCCGGUGUGCCAGACUGUGGAUGAUGUGUUCACAUUGUGUAAUACCUUCUUGAAUUUGUCCGGUGUCAAUAUUGGCAAGGAUGAAGCCCUCUUAUCGAAACUGGCCAGUAUCGGCAGUAAGAGCCUCGCGGAUGACGCUUCAGCAGCAAAUCUUGCCCGAUGGCAUGACCUCCUGCGACGACUAAUGCUGCCAGCCUUGAGUCAUACCAAAGCUAAUGCGUCUGUGGUCAACGCCAUUUGGGAUCUUCUGAGACAUUACCCCUUGACGACACGCUAUUCCAUGUACGCCGAGUGGUUCGAAGGUCAAAUUUCCAGACUACCCGCCAUGAAGUCUGCCUUUGCCCGUGCCACCGCUGACACUCGAGGCACGAUGAAGCGCGUUUCUCUGACCAAUCUCAGUGAAAUGGCCAAGCAACUUGCCAAAACGAGCUACUCAUCUCCUGGCAUUGUUUUCCGCGUCGCUUUUGAGCAACUGGAAUCAUAUCCAAAUUUGAUCGAGGCAUUCGUCGAGUGUGCCAAAUACUUUACAGAUCUGUCAUAUGAUGUGCUCAUCUGGUCUUUAUUGAACUCAUUGGGCAAAUCACGAAGUCGAACACAAGCCGAGCAUGCCUUGACGACCAGUAAAUGGUUGCAGGCCUUGUCGAGAUUUUCCGGCAAGGUUUUUCGCCGCUAUCAAGUUCUUAGCCCAACCCCUGUGCUGCAAUAUGUCAACGACCAGCUCUUUCGGGGCAAUUCUACCGAUCUCAUUAUUCUCAAAGAAUUUAUUUCGUCAAUGGGCGGUAUCGUGGAUUCGGUGGACUUCACUGACUACCAGGUGCUGUCCAUGGCCGGUGGCGCAUGGCUCAGAAGAUAUACCCUCAUUCGGGCCCAAGAUCGACGUUUUGACAACAUCAAGAGCUCAAAGCGCUUCAUGCAAGCUCUUGUAGAUUCCAAAUUGGCAGCUCAGCUUCUCCUGAAUCUAGCACAAUAUCGACAGGCUGCGAUAUUCAAAGUGCCAGACGAUGAGGCACAUAUCAAGUUUCUCUCUUCCGUUGUCGAUGACUCCCACCAAACCUUGAUUCAAUAUCUCGAUCUUCUGUGGAGUAACCUGGAUUCUAGCACGUUUGAUGCUAUUGUUCCGUCCAUCUCUGAACUGAUAAGCACAUACGGUCUAGACACCAGUUUGGCUUUUCUGAUUGGCAGAACCAGCCUCGGACAUCGAAUUUUCCCUUGGAAAGGAGGCAAAAACAAAAAGAAAGAACCUAAUGCAAAACCCAUCACUGACAAAGAGGGUGACGUUGAUAUGCCUGCUCAGGGCGAAGAACCAAAAGACCCAGAAUCUCAAGAGAUUGGAGAGAGCGAGGAGCAAAAAUCCGAAGAUGUGUCGCUUACUCGCACAAUGGUCAACAGCCUCCAGCCAAUUAUCGAAUCGGUUCAAUCAGCUGUUCGACCUGAAGUUUGGCAGAAGAUUAGCCCAGAGCUCUAUGCUACAUUCUGGGCGUUGCAAUUGGGAGAUAUUUGCUUUCCAGAAGAAAUCUACGUUCGUGAACGCCAGCGAAUUAUGAGUGAAUGGCAGACGCUUUCAAGUGACCGAUCAGAUAUGAGCAGGAAAGGCAUUGACAGGAGGACCGAGAAACGGAAGGAGCUCAUGGACUUGCAGGGAUAUCUCCUUGACGAGCUUAGCGAGCAUGGGCUUCGCAAAGCCAAGUGGAAGUAUUUCUUGACAAGGCAGUUUCAGACAUCCUUCCCAGACGCAGCUGCGAAGACUGACAGUGUCUCCGACAUCCUUUUAGAGCAAUGUCUUCUUCCCCGUGUUCUGCUUUCACCUGCCGAUGCAGAAUACACAUUCCGCUUCGUCAAAGCUCUUCAUGAAUGGAAUGCUCCCGUCUUCAAACUCAUGUCACUAUACGAUCGACUUUUCAACGCCAACCGACUCAGAUCGCUCAUUUUUACCUGCACUGUGAGAGAAGCUGAAUACUUGGGUCGCUUCUUGAAGCUCAUUUUGGAAGACUUGUCCCGAUGGCAUAAGAACGAGCUGAUACAGGGCGACAAGGACGACAAGGCUGCAAAACAUGCCCCAAAACUUGGAGCGUACGACAAGGAGGGGAAGGGAACUCCUGAGCAGCCUCACUUUGGAUUUGCUCUCACUGUCAACGACGAGGGCAAACCUGAAACUUUUGUGGAACACGCACAAUUCAGAGAUCUUUUGUUUAGAUGGCACAAGAACUUGAACAUGGCACUUAAAAACUGCCUGGGAGGCUCUGAAUGGAUGCAUAUCCGAAACGGUAUUACUGUUCUCAAAACCGUUCUAGACUUCUUCCCGGCAGUAGAUUUCAUGGCAACUCAAUUCACCACACAGCUACAGAACAUCACGAAACGGGAAGCCGCUGCAAAGACUUCGCCUGAUAGCGAAGAGGGUGGUCGCGUCGACCUCUCAGUAGCGGCUCAGGGUGCCAUGUCCGAGCUACAACGACGGAAAUCAAAAUGGGUCAUGGUGCAGGCUUUCCGACAGAACGCAGUUGCCGGAUCUCGACAAGAGGCUAGUAAGGCAUCCGCCACUUUGCUAAGGCCAACCGCCCCUGAUUUCAAACCGCAGGUCGAUAGGACACCCAGCGCUAAGCAUACGACUGCGGAAGAGGAAGAUGGAGAGGUCCAAGACAGGGAAGCCGUUCGCGAAACGAGUGGUGCCCCUGAGAAGGAGCUGUUGCCUCCUAAACCCGCUGGUAGUGGCCGAGAUUCCUCAAAACACAGUGACACAGCUGGGCAAUCUAGGUCAUCGACGCCAAAACCCGGGAGUUUCAAGAAUGAACCCCGAGCCCAUAAACUGCCGGAUCGGCCAUCCCACAACUUGCCCAGUCGGCCUGACGUUCCCAUACCUGGACACUUCACACCCGAACGCUUCCCUCAGUCGCGGGGUCACGAUCGUCGGGACGGUCGAGAAGCUCGCGGCCCUCGGGAUGGACGGGAAAAUAGGGAUAAUAGGGACACGAGAGAUUCCCGCGACGCCAAGGACCAUAGAGAGUCGCGACAAUCUGAUUCUGAACGUCCUGUACGCGGUCGCGACUUUGCAGAUCGUCGCUCUACUGACCACAAAGAGGAGAAUAGCCGAGCAGAGCUGCCACCCCGACCAACGCAGUCAGAGCGCGAACGCACACAUCGUGAACCACGAGGUAGCAGGGCUCAUGAUCGUCCCCAAGAAAACUCAGUCCCUGACCCCGCUCCAGCGAGCGACGCACAUGAGCCUGCGAUGAAUCCUGAAAGAGCAGCACUCUUUGCUCAAGAUACCCCAGACAGAUCGUCCCGUGGAGCGGACAUGGACCGGUCAUCCCGGGGCCGUCGACAGGGUGGUGGUGCAGUUAUGGACACCAUCAAUCCGGAACGAGCUGCUCUUAUUAGCGAUAGAGAUGACGGCACGCAUAAUGCUCCUGGAAGGCUCAACAGAGACGACGGUCGCGAAAGAGGCGGCCCGCGCGGGCAGUCCCCACGGCGCAACACUCGGCAUGGCAAUGAGCAGGCUUCCUCUGCCCCUGGUGCUCGUGACGAGCAUCAGAGCCAUAAUCUUCAAGACCAACGUCCCAGUGGGCGCCAACAUCGGGACCGAUCCCCUUUGCCAGGAAACUUCAGAGGAGAUCGGCCGACAGAUCGAGAAGGAGACAGAGCUCAUCCCGAUACUCUUCGUGACGGCUCUGGCUUUCACCGAUCAGGGCCCCGCCCACAGGAGCCCGAAAAUCGGAAACCUUAUCAGGACCAGAACUAUGGACGUCUCAAUCCCGUACCGCAACCCCCUAACGCCGAGAUUCCGUCCGGUCCACGGGGCAGAGGUAGAAACGCAAGCCGUGGUGGACAUGGACAGCCUUCUCUGCCAGGUCGACCUGACAACCGGUUUGGACCACCAGAAACUCCACGGGCGCCGUCACCUGAAAGACAUGGCCCGCCUACUGGUCCGUCGUCAGGUCGAAACCGACGGGGUUAUGACUCUGGCGGUGGACCACAAACCCCAGCUGGUACUCCGGCGGGACCAUCAGGUCGAAAUAGGAAUUUCAACCAGACUAACGACAAGCCGUCACCAGCGAAUCUAAGCGGACCGUCGACGUCUGGCGUACACCCAGACCGGCUGGCCCAGCUUGGCGGUCCUCCUUCCGCACCUCAAGGGACUCAGCGCCAUCACAACCAGGCAGCAAAUACCCCUGAUCGACCACAGCCCAGCUCAAGAAGCGGACCUGGACCCGAUGCAGAAACACCAACGGGCCCUGCCGGAGGUGAUCGUCCCGGCCGGGGUGGUGGUAGAAGGCAGCUCGCAGGAAUUAACAGUACUCUCCAACAAGCCCAUGCAAAGAUGCCAGAACCACCACGUAGCGGGGGAAAUCGUAACAAUCAGCCACGACAAAUGUUGGGCAAUUCUGACAUUCAGGUUCUUGCGGGUGGUUCGCCAACACCCACCCCCAGCCAAGAACGUCAAGACACAAUGUGGGGGUCUUCCAAUGGAGGUGACAACCAAGGGCGUCGAGACCAUGACCGUUCCCGAAGCGAUCGUGAGAAUCGAUCCGAAAGAUCUAAUCGCACAUCACGCCGAAGUAGCCGCGAACGCGAGCGAGAUGGCAAAGAUCCCAGCCAAGGUCGAGACAGGCGAUCGGUGGGCGGCCCGGACGCAGGUGGAAGUAGGGAAGAGCGCGAAUCCCGUCGUCAGCCGAGGGACUCCAUGGGCCCUCCUCCGCCCAGCAGUGGGCGAGACAACCGACACAGAGGAGAUGGCCCGCCUGCGGGAGGCAAUUGGGGAGCAGAGGACUGGAGUGGUAACAGAGGUGGAAACGGCGGCGGCCGAGGAGCAGGCCCACGGGAUGGGUCGAACCAGCCUGGAGAUAGGAGAGAUCAUCGUGAAGACCGUGGACGAAAGAGACGAAGUGAAGAAGGUGUGGGCAACUUGACGAGUGAACGCGAAAAGCGACCUCGACGAUAG